CGAUACUUUCGCAGAAAGGGGACUUGAACGACUCUCGAGAACUAGUUCAGUUGACAAAGUUCAGCUGCAUUUGUCCAGACAUAACAAACCGAAAAUAAUGAAAAGCGUGUCAGGUCUUAAAAAUGGCAAAUCAAAUAAAAAAAGAAAAUUCGAAGAGCAUGCACCGAUUACAACAACAGAGCCAACACCGCCCAAACAACGUAUGGUGGUAACACCUUGGACUGACACCGCCGAGUUUAAAAUGGUAUACAAUUGGCUGUUUGACAAAGACACGACGCCAGUUAAUUUACGAAAAGCGCUCAGUCAGCUGCGCAUUUGGAGUCUGCGAAGAGGCACACUUUGUCCCGCCUCAGUAUUAGCCACUAGUGUUUUGAUUAAGGCACAACUGGAGGAUAAGCAGGGCAAUAGCAACAUACAGACUACCUACGCGAGCGCCUUUACACGCUUUUUCAACUUUAUGUCUUCAAUCAUGCAGGAUUAUAAUAUGAGCAGCAUGUAUGAAACGGCACGUAAGCUGGGUCUCCAGUCUUUUAUAGUGGAUCUGCGACAUUUAUGUGCGCAUGGACAGGAGCUGCCCCCAGCAGUAGUGCUGCGACAUACUGCCGAGCAUUGUACGGAAUGGAUGCGUAAAUUUUACUGGUUACCUCAACGCGAAAAAAUGGCGAAUUUGGAUGCACAAAACCUACAGAGAAAAGACAAAUUGAAAUUUGAAAGAGAGCUCAGUGUGUUAUUUGAACUUUAUGACUUGGCGUUGGAGUGUCAGCUUGAAGGCGCAUAUAAACUGAAAGCUAUUAAUAAACUAAAAUCCAGUAUGGAGUUUAACAAGCUAAGAGUUUAUAGUUCUACGAAAAAAGCAAAAACCACAAUGGAAAUGUUAAAUGCCGUUGUUAACGAUCUGGCUGCGGCUAUCAAGCGACAGCCCAUGGAAGAAUUGCUGGAUAUAUAUAUGUCAAGUGUGCUGAAUAUGAAAUAUUUUCUUGUUGCUGGUCUCAAACACACCGAACAGGAGGAACUACUUAUUGAAGCCACACAAGAGCUCUUUCGUCUAUUCGCCGUGCAAGGGUAUAUUGAAAAUCUUUUUGUUGCCUUUGUGCAGUUGACGGAGAAUGAGAAUGUAAGCAAUGAAAGACGCGCUGGAGCUAGCUAUUGGGGUAGCAAAAUGCUGCAAACCUUUGUUAUGCUGAGCCGAAUGAAGCGAAUGUAUCAAGAGGAAUUAGAUAUGAACCCCGACUUUAAACCAAUUGACUUUUCAAUGCUAAAUAAACCAGUUGUAUCAAAACUACUGCGUCAGUUGCUUAUACACUCAGGCGUGGAUCAGUCACUUACGCUAAUCUUUUGUGAAACUUCAAAAAAACCACGAUCCUGGGUAUUUGAUGAAGAGUUUUUAAUACAGCGACAGAAUAACUUAAAUACAUACUCGGCAACUAUACUAAAGGGCUUACUGCCAUUGAUGGACUCACCAUUAACAGCUGAGCAGAUAGAAAAUCUAACUGAACUAUGCAACAUCUAUGAAGCUAGAAGCAGAAAACAAUCAGAGGAAGCACCAACAAUUACAAAUAUUGCACAGAGUGCAACAUUUGGCAUUUGGAAGUUAGAGACGGAUUAUGACUGGUCUAAGUGUGCGCUUGGUGUGUUGCCUGAAGAAAUAAGUCUGGUGUAAUAAUUUAUAAAAUGAUUACAAAAUAAAUAUAAUUUAUG